AUGUUUCGGUCAGAAGAUGAGACUCUGGUAGGGAAAGGGGGCAGAGAUGGCAUCAAGCCGAGCACAGAUCUAGGCUUAAGGGAGAUAAAGAGGAGGCUUGACCUCGCUUCAAAGGAAAGGGGUUCGAAGAGCUUCUGGGCAACCAAAAAAGAGACCAAGACUAAGAAAAAGAAUUCCUCUUCUUCUGCUGCAGCUGCUGGAAAGAAGGGAAGCAAAAGAAUAAUCCCGAUAUUCCCCACUAGGAAUGAGUGCAACAAGGAGGAAAGGCGUGGAGGAUGUGAUCCCGGUAGGACGCUAAAGACUGACUUGCCCCCACUUUAUGGAUGUAGCAAGUCUAAUCGUCUGAUACUAAACUGUUGCAGUAAAGGUGGGAACCAGAUAUCGACUCAAGGGGUUGGGUUGGUUUACAUCUCGGUGUGGAAGAACCCAAGAUUUUGGUCUCCCUUUCUAGCAGCGGUUCUUGAUUCAAUUGUAAGUGGUACUCUUGAUUCAAUUCCACCAAACUCGAAAACAGUUCCAUAG